CGAACCACUACCAGCUACGCCAUGGCCCUCGAGUCGACGUCCACAAUCAAGGUUAAACUUGCCAUUGGACUCAAGGAUAAAGCAUCCAAAUACUGGGCUAUACUACAAGCGUUUCUCUCAGCUCAAAUAUCACGAGCUGAAUUCGACGAACAGAUCCGAGAAUGUGUCAGCACAAUGCAACUCGUUCAACUGCAUAAUGCACUCAUUAUCUCUAUAUUUGAUCCCUCGCAACGGCCCGUAUCGCUUACUCCGCCGCCUGAAGCGCCCAAAGGCCCUGCUCGCAAGCGUAAACGCCUCCUGCCAUAUCAAGGAGACGACCCAGACGAACCUGUGACCCUAAAGUCUGCACGGCUGAAGAGAUGGGCUCUUGGCUUGGGGAAACGCGAGAGGGAACGCGUACGGAAUAUGCAACCCGUGGCCUUGUCGACGAAAUAUGAACCACGGCCUGAAACGGACGAGAUUGCUAGUGAACGAGGAGUUCAGUUGUUGAAGGAGCGUGGUGAUCCGGCCGGGAGCAGACCCUCUGUACAUCUAGCAUCUGCUGCUCGGGGGUUCAUAUCACAACACAUAAUAGACCGGAUUAACCUCAUAUGUGCUCAACAUAACCUCAAUACACCAACCAAGAAUGUUUCUUCUCUCCUUAUAGUUGCCUUUGAGGCCAAACUCAAACAACUCAUCACCCAAGCUAUAACUCUCACCACCACCUCCCAUUCUGUGACGUCUAUUCAUCCGUCCGGCCCCCACUCCACUGGCCCUCGACUCUCCGCUACCUCCAUAGAUACCCUCUUUACUGUGUCUCCUGCUGUUCUCGCAAACCCGUCCGCCGCCAUCAGGAAGCUUUCUUCGGGAGACCCCGAACAGGGAACCCGCACUUACGCUGGUGAUGAUGUAGUCAUGGAUGAGAAGAGGGAUCCAGAUAACGAGGCGUGGCAGUUAUUGGCGCUGUUGAGGGACAGGAGCACGGUCGAACAGGCAAUCCAGUCGUGGACUUGAUAUUGUGGCGGGAUGUCUGUGAGGAGGUGUGGCGCGAUGUGCAUGAUGUAUCUUUACUGGCGGAUGUAUGGUCGUGUACUUUGUUAGGCUGUGUACCCUAUUUAUUACCCUUUU